ACCGCAUAACAUCUGAAUAAGCCGUCGAUCACCCCGAAUCCCGAUCCUUGUUGGGGCUAGGGUUUUGUUAUACUUCGCUGCUCAUCCCUUCCUUGAGCCAUGGGGACGCCAGAGACCUCGCGUGAGCCGUGCCCUGAUCGAAUCCUUGACGACAUCGGCGGCGCCUUCGGUAUGGGUGCCGUUGGCGGCUCCGCCUUCCACCUCAUAAAAGGCAUCUACAAUUCGCCCAACGGCGAGCGCCUAGCGGGAGGUGUGCAGGCCGUACGCAUGAAUGCUCCCCGCGUCGGCGGAAGCUUUGCUGUGUGGGGAGGCCUAUUCUCAGCCUUUGAUUGCACCAUGGUUUAUGUCCGUCAGAAAGAGGACCCGUGGAACUCCAUCAUUGCCGGUGCCGCCACCGGUGGCUUUCUAUCUAUGCGCCAGGGUCCUGCAUCCGCUGGAAGAGCAGCAAUUUUCGGUGGGAUCCUUCUUGCACUCAUCGAGGGUGCUGGCAUCAUGCUCAACAGAGUCCUCAGCUCUCCGCAGAACCUGCCUCCUAUGGAUGAUCCCAAUCUGGCGGCGAUGAUCGCAGCUGGAGGAGGAGCCACAUCCCCUCCCGGUUUCCUUCCGCCAGGGCACAUGCCACCGGUUGUUGCCCCGUCUAUGAUGCCGUCUGCUGUGAAGGCAGAUGAUACCGGUGCUUCUUCUUCUUCCUCUUCUUGGUUUGGAGGCAUAUUUGGCGGUGGAAAGAAGCAGGAUGAAGCAAAGAACAGAGGAGUUGGAGCAAAAACUGAAGUCCUGGAGAGUUUUGAUUCGCAAAGUACGCCUAUCCCAACGUUUGAGUAUAAGUAGAGCUGAAGACGAUGAAGGAUUAAGGGACUUAGGCUCUAUUUUCUGAUUCAAGCUGAUGAUUUGGUGCCGGAAGAAAAUUGUUUACAGCCUUGCCUUCUACUAAGCUUCCUCUUGCUCUCUGAGGUGACUUUGGUUGCAUGCUGUACUGAAGAAUAAGUUAUAUGUUGAUAUUAUAAAUAUCUUAUGGCGAUGGAGCUUUGAAAAACCCCAAUUUGUGUUAGUUUAAGCUUUAAUGUAUCACUUUUUCGAAUGGCCAAAAACACCAAUGGACUUUUCUUUGCCUAACAAAUGAAAGAGGGCAAAGCCAUAUCAGAUAGAAAACUUAGCUCGCUGCAAUUUUAUGAUUAUUAUUUGAAUAAUUUGGUUUGGUUC